AUGAAAAGAAGCCAUAAUGUGCUCUUUUCAUUGCUCUACUUGGCCUUGUUAUUUGGUAUCGGUAUCUCUUCUUCUAUUUCUUCUAAGAAGCACCACCUUUGUGAUCAAGGUGAUUCCCUUCUGCUACUACAAUUCAUAAAACACUUUGAGAUACACCAAACUGAUCCACCCUUCUUGUGCAAUGGAUAUUUAUAUUACAAGAUGCUUGAAAGCAUCCCUCCAAUGAGUCCAACCCCUCCAUCGAUAUCCCGUCGCUGCCAUUAUAAUAUUUAUAAUCGUGCGCUGCCAUCCUUCUGCAAACAUAGUUCUCGUCGAGUAACGAGAAAGGUGUUAUCAUGGGAUGAGAGCUCUGACUGUUGCAAAUGGGAAGGUGUUACCUGUGAUACUUCCACUGGUCAUGUUAUUGGUUUGGAUUUGUACUGCAAGGGGCUCAAAGGACCCAUCCAUCGUAAUAGUACCCUUUUUCAACUUCAACACCUUCAGAAACUCAAUCUUGCCUUCAAUGAUUUCAGCUUCAACCCUCUCCCAAAUGAGAUUGGUAGUUUGACUGGCUUGACUCACCUCAACCUUUCAUAUUCUUCGCUACCAGGGGGCAUCCCAUUUGAAAUUUCGCAUUUAUCCAAGUUAGUUUCUCUUGAUCUUUCUGCUAAUUUUGAUCGCAAUGUUUCGAAUUUACUAUUUCUUCAAAACCUCACCAAGCUCGAGGUACUUUCUUUGUCUGGGAAUGGUAUCUUAUGUACCAUACCAUGGAACAUAUCUGCUUCAUUGCGAUAUCUAGAUCUUUCAGAAAACAAUAUAUUUGGCUCCAUUCCAGAUAGCACUUUCCAGUUAUCUGCUUCAUUACGAUAUCUAGAUCUUUCAGAAAACAAUAUAGUUGGCUCCAUUCCAGAUAGCAUUUUCCAGUUAUCUGAAUUAGAAUCACUUGAUCUAGGCAUGAAUGUAGAUCUGGUGAGUUCAUUGCCAAAGUUUAGCUGGAGAAGCAAUCAUACCCUGAAAUUGUUAGAUCUUAGAUCAACGGGUAUUUUUGGAGAGCUGCCAAAUUCAAUUGGCAAUCUCAAGUCCUUAAACUAUUUCUAUCUCUCUGAGUGUAGGUUUUUUGGUGUUAUUCCUGCUUCAAUAGGCAACCUAACACACCUGAAAGUGUUGAGUUUAAAUUUCAAUGAAUUCAAUGGUAGUGUGCCAUUCACAAUCUCAAAUUUGAACCAACUAACCACAUUAGACCUUUCAAACAACCAUUUUGAAGGAGAAAUUCCAAAUGCCUUUUCUAACCUACAAGGGGUUACAUUUUUAGGUCUGUAUGGGAACAAUUUCACUGGGUUUUUUCCUUCUUCAAUUGUCGACUUGUCUCUACUUGAAGAUUUGGAUUUACAAGGAUAUUCACUCAUUGGAUCCCUCCCAUAUGUAGCAAGUGGACUCCAAAAUCUCCGGACACUAUCCUUGUCUAGGAAUGCACUCAUUGGAAAAAUACCACCCUGGAUUUUUAGCAUUCCUUCCUUAACCCAUUUAGACCUCAGCCAAAAUCAAUUCAUGGGGCAACUUCCCGAGAUUUCAAGCAAAUCCUUAAAAUUUGCUACUUUGUCUCAUAAUCGGCUAGAUGGCCAAAUCCCUCCUACAAUUUUUAAUCUUGAAGGGCUUGAUCUUUCUUUUAAUCUUUUUUCAUGGAGUAAUGAUGGGAGGAUGAUGGAAGUAAAUAUAAGUGAUUUUCCAAUUAGUCGCUUAUGGUUAUCCUCUUGUGAGAUUAGAAAGUUUCCGGACUUCAUAAGAAACUUAACAUCCCUAGAGAGCCUAGAUCUGUCAAGCAAUAAAUUGGAAGGACAAAUUCCAAAUUGGUUUGCAUCUGUGUAUUGGAGAAAUAUGUACUUUUUGGAUCUUUCCCAAAACCAUCUUAUAGGUGGCAUUAACCAAUUGUGGAUCCCAUAUUUAAGGUAUCUAGAUCUUCAUUCCAAUCAACUCCAAGGACCGUUAAACUUCAAUAUCUGCAACUCGAGCAUGCUUCAAUUUUUGAACUUAAGAUACAAUAAGUUCAAUGGCACAAUUCCAGAUUGCUUGGGUGAACUUUAUGAUCUUUCUGUGUUGGACUUGGCAAUGAACAACUUCAAUGCCAUUUCUCCAACCAUGUUUGCAAAGAACAAUACUUUAGCAAUUAUAGCUUUGAAUGGGAAUCAACUUCGAGGAUCAAUUCCAAGAUCUUUGGUCAAUUGCGCACAACUAGAGAUCCUUGAUUUUGGGAAUAAUAAGCUAAAUGAUACUUUUCCCAAGUGGCUUGGAGAUCUUCAAGUGUUACAGGUCCUAAUAUUGAGUUCUAAUAAACUAUACGGACCCAUAACCUUGUCAGAUUCCAAGAUUUGGUAUCCCAAGCUACGGAUCUUUGAUCUUUCUUGUAAUAGCUUUAGUGGUAUCCUUCCAAAAUAUUUUUUCAAUUUCUUCAAAGCUAUGAUCAAUGUGGAUGAAAGCGAAAAAGAACCCAGAUAUUUGGAGACAACAACGGGUGCAUCUUAUGACAUUUCAAUCAAUUUAGUUAUUAAAGGUCAAGAUAUUCAACUCAAAAGAGUAUUGACCAUUUUAACUACAAUUGAUUUAUCAAGCAAUCAAAUUGAAGGGGAGAUUUCGAUGUUUAUUGGAAAUUUGAAUUCAUUACGGCUUCUCAACCUGUCACACAACUGCUUCAAUGGAAGCAUUCCACACCAAUUAGGAGAUAUUAAGUUGCUUGAAUCUUUAGACAUCUCUUGGAACCAAUUGACUGGGAAAAUUCCAGAGCAACUCACAAACUUGACAUUUCUUGAGGUCUUAAACUUAUCACAAAAUCAUUUGGUUGGACCCAUUCCUACAGGCAAACAAUUCAAUACUUUUGGAAAUGACUCAUAUGGAGGAAACCUCAACUUAUGUGGAUUUCCAUUGUCAAAGGGAUGCAAUGGCAACGGUAGAUCACUUGUGCCCCGCCAAUAUGUUGAACAAGAAGAAAAGUCAAAUUUCUUGAGUGGAUUUACUUGGAAAGCCGUAGUGAUUGGGUUUGGUUGUGGGCUAGUAUUUGGAAUCUUAAUUGAAAAUCUCAUGUCUCGAAUUGGAAAGCCAGAAUGGUUUAUUAAUUUCUAUGGAGGCAACAAACGCAGGAGGGUCUCAAGGCCAAGAAGAUAUGGUCGAAGAUAUUGA